CUCCUCGCCUUGCCACUCACACACGGCACGCCAUUUUGAAAAUCGAAACGGCAGCCAGGUCAGAAUACAGAAAGACGAGCGGGCGCAGCUACAGCGAACGGGAACGAACUCUUCACUCCAACCAGUCUAACCUCAACUGACCAGCACGAGCGGGAAUGGUUAUGCCAAUUUCGAAUGGCGCAGCUGUAGAACGUAAUUUUCCUCGUUUUUACUUCGUAAGAAUUAAUUCGAUACGUUGACAGCACGCGUUGACGCGUCUCGUCCGAUAAAAUGAGCAAGCGGUUGAAGCUGUCUGGCCUCUCGUCGGCGUCGAGAACUUUACGCUCGGGCAAGACCCUCGUCAACGCGGACUCCUCGGAGAAAGCGUCGCCCUACUUCGCCGGCGGCGAGAAGAGGACCGGCACGGGGAAACGUACGCCGAUCAAGAUCGAGCACGAUGCGUUGGAGGACGAAGCGAACGUCGAGGGAACGGCGGUCGUGGUGAAGAGCGAAGACGCGGCGGUGCCGACAAACGUUAAAGAUACCAAAACUGAUAAACGUCAGACAAAGACCGAGAAUGAACAGUUGACGGACCCAAAGAAUGUCGAGGAUGAGAAACGAUGGAUGCCAUCGAACUGGGAGACUAUUCUUGAAAACAUCAGAGAGAUGCGAAAGCACGAGACGGCUCCAGUUGACACGAUGGGCUGCCACAAGUGUUCGGAUCCCAACGCCGAUCCUGCGGUGUCCAGAUAUCAAUCGUUAAUAGCUCUGAUGCUGAGCAGUCAAACGAAGGACCAGGUCACGCACGCUGCUAUGCAACGUCUAAACACUUACGGCUGUAAACCGGAUUUGAUAGCGGCUACCCCUGAUGAUGUUCUAGGCAAGCUUAUAUAUCCAGUCAGUUUUUGGAAGAGGAAGGUAGAAUAUAUAAAGCGGACAUCAGUGAUCCUUCUAGAUAAAUAUGGCGGCGACGUACCGAAAACAGUGAAGGAAUUGUGCGAUUUGCCAGGAGUAGGCCCUAAAAUGGCUCACUUAUGCAUGCAAACUGCAUGGGGAGAAGUGUCCGGCAUCGGCGUGGAUACGCAUGUUCACAGGAUUAGCAACAGAUUAGGGUGGGUGAGGAAGCCAACCAAGACGCCGGAGCAGACGAGAACCGACUUGGAGGAUUGGCUUCCCAAAUCACUGUGGAGCGAAGUUAAUCAUCUCCUCGUGGGAUUCGGUCAACAAACCUGUCUACCUCAAUUUCCCAAAUGUUCGGAAUGUCUCAACAAGGACACUUGUCCAUACGUCUCAAAAGGUGGAAAGAUAAAGAAGCGAUGAAUGUAUAUUUAUGUAUGUACACACGAUGUUUAUUACAAAAUAUUAAAUAUGUUUAGAGUUUGCGCAGUAAAUU